CCCAUCCCAAAUCCUUAAGAGAUCAUCUUUUACCCUUUGAUUCUCCGAGUAGUCGAGUUCAUAUUCGUUUCCUUCUUCUUCUUCUUCUUCUUCUCCUCAGUAGAAGUAAACCGGUUCUGUUCUUGAAACAUGAAGGUUCGUGUGUGUGUUCUGUUACUGUUGUCGCGAUGAUCAUACAUCGUAUCGCUUGGUCCAUUAUGAAAAUGUCUGAAAUGUUCUGGUCUUGUCUGGUUCUUGUGUGCAGUUCUUCGGGUGGAUGCAGAACAAGCUAAACCAGAAGCAGGUGAACGGCAGAUCAAGCACCUCCUCAGCAGCUUCUCAUCACGGGAAGCAAGAGCCGAGGGCGGAGUUCAGCGAUUUGCCUCACGGAUUGUUAGCUAUUGGAACAUUUGGUACAAACACUGGCGUGGUUCAGGAGAUUCAAGGCGGAAACCGCACGGAUAAAAAAGAUAUCAAUAAAGAUCAAGAUCAAGAUCCUUCUUCCUCGGAUGAUCUAGAAGGCUUCAAUCCCGAGGAGGUCGGGAAGCUGCAGAAGGAGCUGACGAAGCUCUUGACGAGAACUAAGAAGAGGAAGUCCGAUGUCCACAGGGAGCUCACGAACAAUCUCCCGCUGGAUAGAUUCUUGAACUGCCCUUCCAGCUUGGAGGUCGAUAGGAGGAUCUGCACUGCCGAUUCUGAUGGUAAGGAAGAGGAAGAUAUCGAGAGGACUAUCAACGUUAUUAUCGGUAGAUGCAAAGAGAUCUCGGCAGUGAACAAUCGGAAGAAGAAGAAGAAGAAGAAGAAGAUGGAUAUCGGUAAAGCCUCCGUCUCGUAUCUCCUCAAGAAGAUUUUCGUCUGCACCGAUGGAUUCCCACUCCCUUCUCCUGCUCCAGGCUUGAGAGACACCCUUCAAGAAUCAAGAAUGGAGAAGUUCUUGAGGAUGGUGCUACACAAGAAGAUGAGCUCGUCUCAAGCCACCGCUAGGGCAACAUCGGCGAAGAAUUACUUGCAAGACAAGCAACAAGUCUCGAAGAAUAUCGGCGAAAACGAGAAAAGUAACGUCGACGGGCAUAAAUGGGUCAAGACAGACUCCGAUUGUGAGUUGAUCAUAUCCUUUUCAAAAAACAAAGCAAGAAUCAACACACAUUAACUGAUUCGCAUCUUCUUCUUCUUCUUCUUCUGAUUGCAGUCAUUGUUCUUGAAAUCUGAAACAUUAUUUUGUUCUUGAGCUCUUGCAGAGAUUUCACUGAAGUAAAGGUAAAUGAUAAACAAAACCCACAAACCAAAAU